AACUUCAAGCUUAGUGUGACGGACCGUUACUGCCAUCUCUGAAAGCUUUACAGGAGCGCCGUUGUCGUUACCAAAUAGAUUUUACACCUGAACGGGAGCUUUGGGUGAUUCGCCAAGUUAUGCGUAAAAAAGCGCACCACUCGUCGUGACGCAGCGUCACUGUUUUGGAUGUACAACUCUCCGCGUGAACCUGAUUUAUUAACGACAGCUUUUUUACCAAUGAGGAUUAUAAAUAUCAUGAGGAUUUUGUGGGUGAUUGUAUUGUGCUUCCUUCAUUUAUCAGAUGCUGUGAUCGACCUGACCAUGGUCUCCACAGCGGAGGUCACCGAGGUCAAUCACUUCUCCAUCUCUUGUAUUAAUGGAGAGCGCAGUCCUGACCAGGUUGAGCUGGACAUCAAGAAAGACAACAAAAUUAUCCAAUUCCCCAAGAAGCCACAUUUUAAAGUGCAUAAGCCCAAGAACAAGGAAGCGGUGGCCAGAGAUUUCCGUGAGCAUGAUCCUAUCGGUAUCUUCUUCUGUACAUCCACUCAAGAAGUCCCUCCACUUGAGACGAUCACAAUGAUCAAUAACCGUCGCAGAGCAAAUUUUGUCCCAACUCACCUCACUCUGACUGUUAACAAAGGAGAAACAGUUCACCUCAGCAUUCAGCUAAUCAUGAUCCAGAAGAGAGAUGUGACCUGGAAGUACAAUGGAAACUACUUUUAUAUGACUCACUGGCAUGAUAUGGUCAAUAACACGGCUGAAAUCACUGUGGAGAAUGCAGGUUAUGCCAAUCAAGGCAUCUACAGUGCCAGCUAUGUGGGGGACAGCCCUCUUUAUGGUGCCUGGAUGAGGCUCAUUGUCAGAGAUUGUCCCAGUCAGAAGUGGGGUCCUUAUUGCGACCAGGAGUGUCCGGAGUGUCUCAACGGUGGAGUGUGCCAUGAUGCUGACGGAGACUGUGUCUGCCCCCCAGGAUUUAUGGGGACACGCUGUGAGACAGCCUGCCGAGAAGGAAUGUUUGGCCGAAACUGCCAGGAGUCAUGCGGCUCUGAGCUGAACUGUAACUGCAGGGGGCUUCGCUUCUGCUUACCAGACCCUUACGGCUGCUCCUGCGCCAGCGGCUGGUUUGGGUCAGGCUGUGAAACUGCCUGCCAGGGUGACAUGUAUGGAGCAGACUGCAGGCUGAGCUGUAAAUGCCAGAACGGUGGAGUUUGCAACCGUUUCAGUGGAUGCCAGUGUCCGACAGGGUGGAGAGGACAGCACUGUGAGAAGUCUGACCGGGCUCCCCAGAUCUUGGAUUUGGAAAGUCAUUUGGAGUGUAACCUGAACUCCAGCCCCAAGAUCUUUUGUUCAGCUACAGGCAACCCCCUGCCCAGCCACACCAGCAUUGAGCUGCGAAAGUUGGACAGCACAGUACUGAAGGCCUCUCGCACUGUCAUGGACUCCAAUAAGAGUACAGCCCUGUUUGAGAUCCCUCGUCUGAGUGCUCAACAAGGAGGGUUGUGGGAGUGCAGGGUGUCCACUAAUGGAGGCCAGGACUCCCGCAAGUUCAACCUCACCAUUAAAGAGCCCCCUGUGCCAACAUCUGCUCCCAAACUGCUGGAAAAAAGGAGUAAACAGCUGACGGUCAUGCCGAUGGUCUCCCACAAAGGCGACGGCCCCAUCGUCUCCAUCAGGCUCCUCUACAAGCCUGUUCAUCUAGACUCUUGGUCCUCCAUCAUUGUUUAUAGUGACAAAGAGCCCAUCACGUUGAUGAACCUGGAGCCCUCAACACGAUACCAUGUCCGUGUCCAGCUCAGUCGUCCUGGGGAUGGAGGAGAGGGGGACCCAGGGCCAGAGGCAAUCAUGGAGACAGAGUGUCCUGAGCCCACAGUUCAACCUGAGAUUGACAUCAGCUCGGUGGAAGGCCGCAAUGCCACCGUACGCUGGCAACUGCCCGCCAACAAUGGCAUUAAUGCCGACACAGCCAGUGGCUUUUUAGUGCAGCUCUUCGGGCCGCCGCCCUACAGUGAGAAACUACUGGAGCAGACCACCCUGCUCACUGCGCACUCCACAAAGUUCCACAACCUGGAGUACCAAGACUACACCGUGGUGGUGCGCCUCAUCAACUGUGGCAGCCAGGGGCCGCCCUCCAAACCCGACCUCUUCAGCAUCAACAGCCAGGGUCCAUCAUCCCCACGCGACAUCCAGGCCCUGCCUCUGUCCAUGUCCGCCAUUCGGGUGAGGUGGCAGCCCCCUGAAGAUCCCAAUGGAGGCAUCAUUAAAUACGUCAUAGAGUACCAACCAGUCGGCCCGGGGAGCCCUCACCACUGGGUGGACACAGACGAUGGAAACAAGACCAUCAAAGACGUGACGGCGCUCAAUGGCAGCACGCUCUACCAGUUCAGAGUGAGGGCUUUCUCCAGCGUGAUGGGAGAGUGGAGCAACUUUGUUCAGGCGAAGACACAAGGGGAUGGAGGCUUAGAGAGUUUAACCCCGACCACCCAGGGUGUGGCGGGGAGGCCCGUUGGGGACAGUUACCAGCUGUUGGUGGCAGUGGUGGGCUCGGUAACCGUCACCUGUGUGACUAUCCUGCUGGCACUGUUGGCUCUUUUCUUCAUCCGAAAGACGCUGCUCAAUCGAAGGCGCACGUUCACCUACCAGUCUGGAUCGGGUGAGGAAACUAUUCUGCAGUUUAACUCAGGAACUCUGACCCUGACACGGAGGCCCAAACCGACGCCAGAGCCCCUCACCUAUCCAAUCCUGGAGUGGGAGGACAUAAAGUUUGAAGAUGUCAUCGGAGAGGGCAACUUUGGCCAGGUCAUCAAAGCCAUGAUCAAGAAGGAUGGCAGCAAAAUGAGCGCAGCCAUCAAGAUGCUGAAAGAGUAUGCCUCAGAGAAUGACCACCGAGACUUUGCAGGAGAGCUGGAGGUGCUGUGUAAACUAGGCCAGCAUCCCAACAUCAUCAACCUGAUAGGAGCCUGUGAGAACAGAGGUUACCUGUACAUAGCCAUCGAAUAUGCUCCCUAUGGUAACCUUCUAGACUUUUUGAGGAAGAGUCGAGUGUUGGAGACCGAUCCAGCCUUUGCCAAAGAGCAUGGCACUGCUUCCACCCUCACCUCCCAGCAGCUGCUGCAGUUUGCUGUCGAUGUUGCAACUGGGAUGCACUACCUAAGUGACAAACAGUUCAUACACAGAGAUUUGGCAGCCAGGAAUGUUCUUGUGGGGGACAGCCUUGUGGCAAAGAUAGCAGACUUUGGUUUGUCCCGCGGUGAGGAAGUUUACGUUAAAAAGACAAUGGGGAGGCUACCUGUGCGCUGGAUGGCCAUUGAGUCUCUGAACUACAGCGUGUAUACCAGCAAAAGUGAUGUGUGGUCUUUUGGUGUUCUCCUCUGGGAGAUUGUAAGCUUAGGUGGCACUCCAUACUGUGGGAUGACAUGUGCUGAGCUUUAUGAAAAACUUCCACAAGGCUUCAGGAUGGAGAAACCCAAAAACUGUGAUGAUGAGGUGUAUGAGCUUAUGAAGCAGUGCUGGAGAGAUCGGCCCUACGAGAGACCCCCCUUCUCCCAAAUCUCUGUCCAGCUCAACAGGAUGCAGGAGGCCAGAAAGGCUUAUGUGAACAUGGCUCUCUUUGAGAACUUCACCUACGCUGGGAUAGAUGCCACAGCCGAGGAGGCCUGACUACCAGCCCCCCCAGACCCUAGCAUGCCACGUAGACCCAAGAGGAAGCCCCGAGGAUGGUCGCCACGUUACAGCCACCUCCCUGCUGCUCAACGCCGAGACAGGAGGACCAGGCGCCCCACCAAAGUUACCCAGCUAUAGAAGGAGGACUGUGAAAGGACACUGUGUGAAAGCAUCGGAAGCAUUAGGAGAUGAGGAGUAUCGCUGGGCCUUGGAUGGCGAAAUGUGAUUGCUACUAACCUUUUGGGGAAAUACUAACCCCUUAUUACUACAAACCAGAGAAAAGAAACAGCAUUGUAGCUGUUGCAGUUACAAAAGUUACAAUGCUGAACCAUUUUCUCUGAGUCUUAAGGGGAAAAUAAGGAGCUAUGUGACUUGCUUAAACACCACAGGGUCUGUGGGGUGUCGACGCUGGACUUUAUUUUCACUCCAUUGCUCUAAAUGGAGAAGAAAAUCCCUUUUUUCCAAAAUGGAAUUAAAAGGACAUAGUGUGGACCACAACUAUCUAAGUUCUCAGACUGUUAGAAAAGGAUAACACACAUACA